AUGCGCCCAGGAAAUAAACAACGUUCCAGAGUUUGGGAACAUUUUAAAAAAAAUGCUGACAAAUCUACAGUAACUUGUCUAAAUUGUAGGACAGAUUUCAAGUUUUAUGGGAAUACAACCAAUUUAAAAGAGCAUUUAAAAAGAAAACAUCCUACACUUAUUGCUAUUCCGUCUGCAUCAAAUGAUCCCGAUACUGAUUUACAAAAUAUUGACAGCCUUGACAAUUUAUCAAAUGUUCAAUUGCCUUCUACUAGUUCAAAUGUACAAAAUCAUUCUUUAACUUCAGCCCAAUCUUGCAUCCCAGCUAAACGAUCGCCUGACUAUCAGCCUUUAUCCAUAGUUGAAAACGUUGGAUUUUUAGAGUACACCAAAAAAUUGCAACCACUUUAUACUCCUCCAAGUAGAAAAUUAUUAACUACAAAACUGCUGCCAGGUCAAUACGAUAUAAUUCUUUCUAAACUAAAAUAUAUGUUAAAAAACGAAAAUGAUGUUUCUGUAACUACAGAUAUGUGGACAUCAGAUUCCACAAAGUCUUAUUUGACGGUUACUUGUCAUUUUAUAUACGAUGAUUAUUUAUACUCGCCAGUUAUUUCUACCAAAGAAGUACAUGGUAGUCAUACAGAAUUUCUUCAAGUAAUAAAAACAUGUCAGGCUAAUGUAGAGCAUUUCAAACAUAGUAGUUUUGCGACAGAUAAACUACAAGAAUUUCAAAAACAGAUGGGCCUCCCUGAAUUAAAAGUUAAACAAGAUGUUAAUACCCGGUGGAAUUCAAAUUUAAUUAUGAUUGAGAUGCUCAUUAAAAUUAAAGAUCCAUUAUCUGCUGCAAUAUCAUCGCUUCGUCGAGAUCCAAAUGGUUUAACAGCAAUAGAGUGGGAUAUAAUAGCAGAUUGUGUUAAAAUAUUGAAACCUUUUGAAAGUAUGACAUCAGAAUUGUCCGGAGAAAAGUAA